CCAUCAUCCUCAGCACACAAACUUACUCCGCCCAACGUUCUUUGUUUCCCCUUUUCUUACAAAAAUGGUCUGGUCUCCUGCCGACUUGCUCUGGUCAUUGACUGACCGAGCAUCCCUGACGGUGUUCGAGUCCAUCUGUGCGAACCUGUUCUUGGUCCUCAUUGCCUCGUUUGGCGUCACACCCGUGUAUAACCUGAUCAAGGGUAACCAGUUCCAGGUUAAGGGCAAGCAUGUGUACGUGACAGGAAGCGUGGGACUCGGUAGAGCGAUCGCGAUCGAGUUGGCGAAGCAGGGUGCGCAUGUUACGAUUGUCGCACGUAAGGAAGCCCCUCUCAAAGAGACCUUUGAACUCAUGAAGCAAGCAGCCGCGACCCGAAAGGACAAGGAUAGGGAAAUGACCGGUGCGCCUCAAAAGUUCCAUUGGAUCAGUGCAGACCUGACAGAUCGUGAGCAAGCAAUCCGGGCCCUCGACGAGGCCUCGAUCCAGGGAGGCUCGGGUUCGGGUGUUCCGGAUAUCAUCGUCGCCUGUGCGGGCACCUCGAUCCCAAAGCUCUUUGUCGAAGCAACGAUCGGCGAGUUUGAGAUGCAGAUGAAGCUGAAUUACUUUGGGACGCUUUACACUAUCCAUGAAGCCACAAAGCGCAUGGUUGAGACGGGAAAGAAGGGCAAGAUUGUGAUGACGGCCUCGACGAUGGGUCUGAUCGGCUUUGCAGGAUACAGCAGCUAUGCUCCCACAAAGUAUGCCCUCCGCGGUCUGGCCGAGUGUCUCCGUAACGAGUUCUUGAUGUACGGCAUCGGCGUCCAUAUCUACUAUCCUGGAACUAUGUUCACUCCAGGAUUUGAAAACGAGAAUUUGACGAAGCCUUUGGUGACAAGGGAGAUCGAGGGAAGUACGGGUCUGACUCCGGAAGAGGCCGCCAAGGGCAUGUUUGCUGGUCUCCGCAAGGGAAACUUUGCUGUCACGACCGACUUUGACACCAACUUUUUGCGUGUUGCUGCCAGGGGCGUGACUCCUAUGGCCAAUAUUGGCCUGGACUAUGUCUUGGGCUUGGUUGCACCUUUUGGCGCGACGCAGUUCCUGUGGGAGACCAACUAUAAGGUCAAGAACUUUGGCAAGAAGAUGCUCAAGAAAGAGCUCUAAUAGAUCUCGCUUUCUCCUUUCAUUUCCACACUUACAACACUUGGUUUUACUAAUAAAUUCUGUACUUCAAAGCAUUUCACGAGUGAACCCAUGCGAUCUGAUCAAUGCGGAGCAAA